GAGUUCAUACCUCAACCAUCCGGAGAGGUUGUGUAAAGACAUCUUUACAGGUAGUCUCGGCGCUGCGACUCUCUUCUUAUAUACAUUCCUCUUUUUCUCCCUCCUAGGUCACUUUGAUUGCUCAUUCCAACACUGUCAAUCUCGCAACUUUCGAAAUCUACUGGCCACGGUGCAAUUUCUACCACACACCAGAACCACCACAAGGGCUAUUCAGAGACUCCUUCUCCUCCAUUGGUCCAAAGGAAAGAGCCAUGGCUGACAACACUGACAACAACACUUGUUUCUUCUAUGGCACAUUGAUGGCUCCCGGUGUCCUCCACCGUGUAAUCCAUGGAACCGUCAACCCAGAUCCAUGGCAACGUGAAUAUCUGACGGUCCGGCCUGGUCUUCUAUAUGGCUUCCAGCGCCACCGUGUACGCUGGGCGGACUAUCCCGCCAUUAUUCCACACGCGGACCCGAAAUCAUGCGUGCGGGGCACCAUCGUAUCGGGCCUGAAAUCAGUAGACCUUGCUCGGCUUGACCUCUUCGAAGGCUCUCAGUACGACCGACAGACAGUCAAGGUACUUGUUCUGAAAGAAACCAAACUGGAUGAGCCGGCACCAGAGCCCAAAGACGAGAAAGGUCACGGCCAAGAGGUGAACAACAUCAACAAUAACACCGAUACCACCGAGGUCGAACACGUACUGGCUCAGGCAUAUGUUUGGAUAGACGGAGAUUCAAAGCUCGAAACCAAGGAGUGGGACUUUGAGGAAUUCAAGCGAGAGAAGAUGAAUGCGUGGAUGGGGUUGGCCAACAAGGCUGACAACCCGGAUGACGUCGAGGUCGACGAAGGCUUUGCCGACGCCGACCGCUUCGUCGAAGGAGAUGGUGAGGACAGCAAGGGAAGGCCUGAUCCUAUGGGUGGCCGAGGAGUCAACGGUCACAUCAGUAGACAACUGUUUGGUUCCUCGGGCUGA